AUGUUGUUCAUAAUUCUGUUAUUCGCAUCUGUGCAUUCAGAAGAGAAAAAAUAUUAUUGGACUCCAGCGAUUGAAGGUGGGGUAGAUGGAGAAUUGCUACAAGUCCACAUUGUGUAUAGACAUGGACACAGGGAGCCCAGAGCGUUUUACCCACGAGACCCACACGCUUCAUCGCCCAUUUGGAAAAACGGACCAAGCCAAUUAACUAUCCUGGGAAGACAGCAAGGCUACCAAUUUGGCCAGAACCUAAGAUCGAGAUACCAGUCCCUGCUACUUAAAGAACGCGCUUGGAAAACAGUUAAAGCUUCUUCUUCGGACACUUUGAGGACAUUAAUGACCAGUUCCGUAGUAUUAGCGGGCCUAAUACCUCCUAACUCUGAAGACAUAUGGUCGAAUAUCACGUGGCAACCAGCCGCAAUUCACACAAUACCAUCCAACUUCGACAACGUAUUAGUGUCACAUCCACACUGCCCGGAAUACUAUUACCUCAUCAACCAGCUGCCGGACGUAAACGACUCUGAAACUAAAUUGUUAUAUAAUCUACUGACCAAGUAUACUGGAAAACAAAUAGCUUCAGCACAGUCACUAAUAAAUCUUUACACGUGUUUAGAAAUUGAGUCACAAGCUGGUUUAAGACUCCCAAAAUGGACGCAACGAGUUUACGAAACCAUGAAAAAACAGACUGCAAAAGCUUUGCUUCGAUCCACACAAACUUUGGAGUUAAAAAGACUGAGAUCUGGGCCCUUGUUAAAGAAAAUAACAAACUUUAAGAAGUAUAAUUCGACGUACAAUAUUCACCUCUAUUGCACUCAUGAUACCGUUGUGGGUAGUUUGCUUGGGUCGUUAGGUUUUGAGCUGACUGAACCUCCUAAUUUUACAUCAGCUGUUAUAGUGGAGUACAGAGAGGUAGAUGAGGAGAUCCAUGCACAGUUUUGGUACAGCAAAGGUCCUGACGGAGAACUGACACGGCUUUGGUUACCUGGUUGCGGCAUACGAUGUCCCUUUACGGAGUUAAGAAAACUGGUUGAACCUUUAAUUCCGAGGGACUGGACCGAAGACUGCACUAUAUUGGAGUACAAAAGGGAUCUUGGAUCAGAGCUACGGUUUCUUUUCGCAAUUAUCGUACUUAUUGUGUUGAUAGGAUGGUGUAUUAUUAGUAAAAAUAAUAAGGAAUCUUAUGUGGUUCUGUAA